UUUCCAUUCCAUUGCCAAUUUUCUCCAUUUCUGUGACCAAGCAAACGGGACUCAUUUCUCUCUCCCCUUUUUCUUUUAGUUGUAAGUGCUUCUCUCUCCUUCCUUCUUCAAGCUUCCAGCCGCCGGAGGGUGAAACCCAUAAGCUGAAAGCUGCAGAAAAUGGAGUUGACACAAUCUCAGAGGGUUGACUUCAUGGUGGGCGUGACCGUGGCUCUGGUUGCCGUUGGGGCUGGCACUGCCUAUUAUUUCUAUCUCUCCAAUAGGAAACCCAAAGGCUCCUUGGACCCUGAAAAAUUCAAGGAAUUCAAACUUGUUAAACGAACCCAGCUCAGCCGUAAUGUGGCCAAGUUUAGAUUUGCUCUACCUACACCAACUUCUAUUUUGGGACUUCCUAUUGGACAACAUAUGAUUUGCAGAGGGAAAGAUAGUCAGGGUGAAGAUGUUGUCAAACCGUAUACACCAACCACUUUAGAUUCAGAUGUUGGUUACUUUGAACUAGUCAUAAAGAUGUAUCCACAAGGAAGGAUGUCCCACCAUUUUAGGGAAAUGCAGGAAGGUGAUUACUUGGCUGUGAAGGGACCCAAGGGAAGAUUCCAGUACCAACCUGGCCAAGUUAGGGCUUUCGGGAUGCUUGCUGGAGGCACUGGCAUUACUCCUAUGUUCCAGGUUACUAGGGCCAUACUGGAAAACCCCAAGGACAAAACCAAUGUGCAUCUUAUCUAUGCUAAUGUCACAUAUGAAGACAUCCUUUUAAAGGAAGAAUUGGAUAAUCUGGCUUGUAAUUAUCCUAACCGCUUUACUGUCUUCUAUGUUUUGAAUGAGCCGCCUGAAGGAUGGAAUGGUGGAGUUGGGUUCAUAUCUGAGGAAAUGAUUAAAGCUAACUGCCCUGCACCAGCAACCGAUAUUCAGAUACUAAGGUGUGGGCCUCCACCAAUGAACAAAGCGAUGGUUGCUCACCUCAAUGCUCUUGGAUACACUUCUCAGAUGCAGUUCCAGUUUUGAGCCUUUCAUGGAAUUUCUGUUUGUCCAUCCAGUGAUAUUGAUAUCACUUGCGUUAGAGCAUGUUACCCUAUUGUUUUUAGUUGUAGUAGAGAGCCUAACACACUUGGUCUUUGACUUAGAGAGGGCUCAUCUACUGUCGGUACUGCAAAUCAAAAUGGAAUGGCUUUCUUUAGCUCACUAUUUACUGCAGGUUGAUGGGGAUGGACAUUAGACAGUCUGCUGGUAAAACAAGUGCUUUGACCUAAAGCCAUUUUGAUGGCCUUUUUGCGUUUGCUUUCUUUACAGAAUGCUGAAACUGGCCAUUUCAAUUGAAUCCAAUUCGAACUAUUUAUAUCCUC